AUGCCAUACAACACACGUCGCAAGUCACUAUCCCUUCCAUCCCUAGGCAUCCAGCUGCCAAAUUCCUCUCGUCGCUCUCCCUCUAUCUCAAAAUCCCACGAUGAGCCUUUGUCAAAAAAGGCCAAGAGAUCCCACGGUUCCUCAUUAUCGCCUGAGCCAUCCGACAAGUUCUUGAUCGCGCGCGCCGGGAGACAUGGAGCAUUUGAGCACACACCACCCCCUUCGCCUUUGGAUGGAACCGUGGCACCCAAGAUCGACACAGAAGGAAUCAGUGAUGAUAUCGUCGUGGCCGUAAUUGAUCAGUUGGAGAAGACGGGGAAUCGCCCUCAUCUCGUAAAGGAACUCGCCGCAGUCCUGGUUGCGCUCAACGCAAAUGUCGCCAAUUCUGCCAAUCCCGCCGCUCUCCUGUCGUCGCGUUUGGCUGCCUAUAUGAAGCGUCCUUGGACCGCUCUCGCGCCUUGCCCUAUCGCCAAGGAGCUUAUCUUAAUUCACCCUCGCAAAGUGUAUUACUACCUUACUACGUUCCCUCACCAGCCUAUUCCCGAGACUGAUGAUCUGGUUUCUGCCGUAGAUGGCAAGCAAAUUACACCCAGUGUUUCAAGUCUCGAGGAUGAGGAAGACGCCAUGGUGCGGCAACGUAGUCCCAGUCCAGAAGUGGACUUGUCAUCUCCCGACUUUGGAGAGGAUGUGGAUCUAAACAGCCCCGCUAGCCAUGCCGGCUCUUCCGAUCACUUCCCAGAUGCCAGCAACCUCACGCGUCUCAUGCACUCGAAUCGCGCGGCCUCACCGCCCCUGGAGGGCGACGAGAAGGAAUUCACUCAGACCGCCAGUGCCGUGCGUGAGCGUGCCUCUGAAGAGAAAGCCAGCGAGUCGAGCCGUAGCCAGUCCAUUCUCUCCGAGAGCUUGAGCGCCACGGGAGACCGCGAGCGGAGUAUUGAAUCCCCGGUGAACGGUGGUUCCAUGUCUCCCUCCCUCCACGGCGAUGGUAUGUCCGAAGAAGAGUAUAGUGACUACUUCUCGCAUAUGCCCGCCGACCAAAUGGCCCAGGAUUUGGAUGAAGCUGCCGCCACUGCUCUGUUCGGCACUUCGCCCUCCCCAUCCCUCACAUCGGUUGCAUCGUCGGUCUCGUCUGGCACGAGUACGAUGGAUGAUGCCUGUGUUGAUGGAAAGGACUUGGCUGCUCUUCAGAUUGCUUUACCCGAGGAUCCCGAGGCUGCGCCUGUUUCUACUCUCAAGCGCUCGCUUGACAUGUUGAACAGUGGUCUCCCCGACGUCGAUCUAAAGAUGUCUGAUUUGACCGAGUCGCACGAGAGACUUACUCUGACCCCUCGGCCUAUUUCCUCCAAGUCAUCGGAGCCUGUCUUCGACUCUUGGAGAGAACUUCAAAAUCCCGAAAUGGUGGAAGUUGAUGAGCUCGAUGAGAUGUUUGGCGAAAUCUAA